AUGAGCGAUACUACUGACCUCAUGGGGCUUUCCAGGAAUUCGAGCAAGGAGGAUCAAGCUAUAUUGUCGGAUGAGUCUUCAGCAUUUCAGAGCCAUGAUAGUUCAAAACUUUCAUCAGACUUUGAGUUAGAAGACGUUUUAGACCUAUAUAAUGAUACCACUGAUGAUGCCGAUGACACAGAGGACACUGGUCCUUAUAUGCUUUCGCCGUCUUCAAGCAUUUCCAGCCAGGGUAGCAAGGAUCUGAAUUCGUUUAUUUAUCCUAUUUACCGACGUCAACAUAAUAAGGCUAAGGGAAACGAAGGUGAAAAUGAGGGAGAGAGUGAUUUUGACACAGUUGUAUCAAACGAUCAUGAAGUUUACUCUACUUGUGGCUUCAUUACAGACGAUUCAACAAAAACAGAUCUUCCAAGUCUUUCAAAGAAUAACUUGGGCGAGAAUGUGAGGUUGUCGUGGGAGCUUUCGGAGAAUAAUGACUCAUUGGCGAUGAAUGAAUUUGCAGCUACUAACCAUGAUCAUUUUUCCUCCAAGACUUCCACUAAGACUAAUUUUACGAUUAAAUAUAAUGACGAUAAAAAAGAUUUCUCCUCUAAGAUUUAUAGUGACAACCUUACGUUUAAAAUUAACUCUAUUAAUUGCGAUAUCAAAAAUGAUAAUGGACCGCUUUCUCAAACAUUUCGGUGCUUUAAUAAAUUUAAACAAUCCCAUUCUGAGUGGGACAUGUAUGGGUUUAAAAAAAAAGGUCAGUUCACGUCUACUGAUCAGUAUGAUUCCUGGUUCGAAGUAUACAGUCAAUAUUUGAAACGACGUGAACAAAAGUGGAAGCUAUUACUAGCUGAAAAUGGAAUUGAUUAUUCCGAGGGUACCCCCGAUAUAUUUCCUAGUCGUAGUGCUAAGGUACAAAGGUUUAUACGGAAAGGAAUUCCGUACGACUUUCGUGGAAAUGCUUGGUUUUAUUACAGUGGCGGGUAUGAACUUUGUCAACGAAACCCCAAGCUAUAUGAGACAUUAUGGAGAUGUUCUUGCGUUCGCAAGCCUUCUGAUUCUGAGUUGAUUGAACGUGACUUAUACCGAACAUUCCCAGAUAACAUAUAUUUUCGUAGUAAACCGGAUCAGCCUUUGGACCCCACGGGUGCACCUGAACAGGACUCUGGUAUUAUUAUGAUUGCAAAACUUCGCCGUGUUCUCAUGUCAUUUGCUACGUAUCUUCCAGAGAAUGGCUAUUGUCAAAGUCUUAACUUCCUUGCUGGGUUUUUUCUGUUAUUUAUGAGUGAGGAGAAGGCAUUUUGGAUGCUUGUUAUUACAUGUCGAAAAUAUUUGCCUAGAAUGCACGAUGCUAAUCUCGAAGGUGCAAAUAUCGAUCAAAGCGUUUUAAUGGCUUCUGUACGGGAAAGUCUCCCUGCUGUUUGGAGCCGUAUUAAUUUAAACUUUGAUGGUAUGCCUGUCAAUGAUAUUGUUGCAAAGCUACCCCCUAUUACCCUUGUUACGGCUGCCUGGUUUAUGAGUGCUUUUGUAGGUGUUUUGCCAACUGAAACAGCUCUUCGCAUAUGGGAUUGCUUUUUUUAUGAGGGAAGCAAAGUUUUAUUUAUGACUGCUUUAUGUAUAUUGCGUUUAGGGGAGGAUGAAAUAAAAUCGAAAAAUGAACAAACCGAUGUGUUUCAGGUUAUUCAGGAUCUUCCUAAAUCCUUAUUAGAUGCCAAUGCUUUUGUAUCAUUGCUGUUUCGUCGGAAUUUUCGAAGGAGUCCAUCACAAAAAGACAUAGACCGCAGGCGCCAGAAAAUUGCAAAGAAACGGAGGAAAACAGUGACUCAGGUAGAACGUCAGGAAGCCGAAAUACCAACUCCUGCUCUGACUAGAUCUUCUUCGCGCUUCAAAGGCUCUCAUUUGAUUUCGCAACUACAAAAUCAUCUUAAAAAAGCAUCGUAG